GCGGAGGGCCUGAGCGUCAUUGGCCUGCCAUGCCACCUUCAGCAUGCUUGCGAAGCUUUUCCCAGCUGUCGCUUGAUGCUACCACCGCUCACACGGCUGCCCUGCCGCGCAUACUACGCCCGCACAUCGCCUGCUUUUCCACAUCCGCCGCGCGCCAUGCCGUAGUAGCCAAGAAGAAGGGCCUCGCAGCCGCCCCCAAGAAGGGAGUCAAGUCGCUCAACACCAAGAAGGGCAAGAAGGCGCCAGGCGCGAGUGACACGGGCAAGAGACCAGCCCAGGGCGAACGGAAAGCCCAACGCAAGCGCAUCGUUCUCAGCAACGACAACGCACUGGAGGUGUCUUCGCUGCAAGACCUGAGCAAGGAAAACGUCCUCAGCGAGAAGAACGAAGGCAAGGUCAUGGGGCUGCCGCAGGAAAAGGUUGUGGACGCAUUGAGGGCCGUUGAGGCUUUCAAGACGACGCAAGGAUGGAGCCUCUUCCGACGGCCAGCUGUGUUGAUGAGGAAGGAAGCAAUCCAACUUGCACGGCUCUUCAAGGAGGUGGAAGACUCGGCAAGCGGACAGCAGAAGAAGACGGUACAGAGGAUCUUGUGCGGCGAGAGAAUGAGUGGGAAGAGUACUCUAUUGCUCCAGGCCCUGGCAAUGGGCUUCCUACGGGACUGGUUUGUGAUCAACUUUCCAGAAGCCCAGGAUCUUGUCAAUGCACACACAGAAUACGCUCCUCUUCCGGACUCGCAGCCGUUACAAUACACCCAGGAAACAUACACAGCCAACCUUCUCCAGCAAAUCCUCAAGGCCAAUGGCGCUUUCCUCGCGGCCACGACACUUGGCACCAAGCCCAAUCUUCCCCUCCCGCUUCCUGAGAAAGCAACACUAAAAGAGCUGGUGGCACUCGGCAUGGCCAACCCCGAGGCAUCCUGGCCAGUCUUUGUUGCGCUCUGGAACGAGUUGUCACUGCCUGGCCGCCCCCCGAUUCUCAUUGCGCUGGACGGACUGUCGCAUAUUAUGCGCAAUUCCCAGUACUUAUCUGCAGAAGUAAAGCCUAUCCACGCCCACGAUCUGACGCUUGUCCGGCAUUUUGUGGACCACCUCUCGGGCCAAAAGAAACUUCCCAACGGCGGAGUGGUUCUUGGAGCAACGUCACAAUCAAACUCACCCACAUCUCCCGCACUCGAAUUUUGUAUCGAGGUCGCUCAGGCCCGCAAGACAUCAGCAGAAAACAUUCCGCAAUGGAACCCGUACAAGAGUGUAGACGGCCGCGUCAUGGAGGCCCUCAAGGGUCUCACCAACGACUCACAAGACUUUGACAUAAUCAAGGUGGGUGGAUUGAGCAAGGAGGAAGCCCGGUCAAUCAUGGAAUACUACGCUGAGAGUGGUAUGUUGAGACACCGAGUUGAUGAAGGGUUCGUGACGGAGAAGUGGAGCUUAGCGGGCAUGGGCAACAUUGGAGAGCUGGAGAGGGCGAGUGUGCGAAUGCGACUGUAGUUGCUGUACUAUUAUGCUCUUUCACCCGCCUGUAAACCAUGUACAAUGACAUAGGCACAUUGAUGCAUCACUGGCAGUCUUUGGCGAGUGCCAAGGGUAAAUUCA